ACCGAAUAAAUGAAAUAAUGUAAACACAGUGAACCGAAAAAGUGCUGAAAAAAACACCAGAACGGUUUAUAUCGAGCUGUAUGCAUGAUCCAUGACAAUAUUCAAUUCUGAUAAUACUACUUUUUAAGUUAAUAUGCUAAGUUGUGAAAUUGCAAUAUCAUGUCGAUAACAUUCAAAGCGUCAGAUUGGAUAAACGUAGAAUUAAAGCGUUUCAAACAGCAACUUCCAAUAGAAGGAUAUGGAAAAAAUAAUCAAGAAUUUGAAAAAUCUACAAAUCUUGUGCGUGCAAGUUUGGUUAAGCUUGCAAAAAACAAAUUUCAAGUUAUCACUAUCACAUUGGCCAGUUAUAUAACAGAUCUGAAUACUCUGAAUAUUUCUUUUGGAGAGCAACAGCAGCUUCUAACAGAAUCUAACAUGAUUAUACUGGAUACCAUAAAGCAGUGUUUUGAAAUGAAUGUAGAUGAAAGUUCAUUGUUACCUGAUGAUGUUGUAAAGAAGCAUCUUCUUUCGAAUUUAUGUCCAUUGAUAACUCAAAGUGGAACUCAGUUAGGUUAUUCUUCAAAAGAGAUGCAGUUAUUAGCAGGGAAAAUUGUCUACUUAAUAAGUAAACAUCACUUUAGCUCUGUAUUUGAAAGAAUUACCAAAAGGAUUGCAUCUUUAACUGACAAUUACGAAGAUAGUAGCGGUGGGGAUGAACUUGAUCUUAUACAAUAUUUGCAUGUUCCUGUUGAAGGGUUGAUAGUUCUCUUUAAAGAGUGUUGCAGUACGUUCAAAAGUCUAAAGAAAAAUUCUCAACAAAGUAUUCUUCGUAAUCUUUAUCAGGCGAUAUGGAAUUGGAUUGAAAACUAUCCUGAUCAAUUUACUUAUCUUUACAAAUGCACAAACGUUCAACUUUCUGAGUUAAGUGAAAAGUUAUUCUCAUUGAUUGUACAUUAUGUUGAAGUAACAAAAAAGAAAUUAUUGGCAUGGCCAUUACAAGUAAUGCUGCUUUUGCUGUCACCUGAAUCCAUAAAAGAUGCAUCUGGAAGUGGAGAGAUUUCAAAAGGGGUUAAUUUACUCAAGCGCCACUUUUUGGAUAAGUUGAAGAAAUCUUUGUCUUCAAACCAGAAAUCAUCAGAGUAUGCUGUCUUCACUUGCAUACAAAUGUGUAAGGCUGCUACAUAUAUCAACCGUCAAGACAACAUUGCAUGCUUUUUAGUGUCUCAAGUAAUGAAUGAGUUAAAGACAAUGUUGUUUAAUUCUGAAAAGUUAUUUACAACUACUGUUGGUUUAAAUAUUAACCAGCUUAUGGUAGACCUGUUUGUAGCAAGUUUCCGCAUUAACCACCGUAAUAAUCAACAUUUUGAAAUAUGCUUUCAACCUGAUUCAAAUGUGAUCUUUCAGUUGACUCUAGCUAAGGGAAUCCACCAAAUAGUAGAGGAGAAUCGUCUAAGUUGGUGGCCCUCUGUUGAAGUAUUAUAUAAUCGUUCUGCUCAAAUUAGAAACAUGUUUGAACAAUGUGUACGAAGAUUAACUUCAUCUGAUGUCCAAUUACCAAGGUCUGGUUCAAGUCGUAAUACAUUAAGUAAAGUUGGUAAUUUAAGUGUAAACAAAAAAAAAGAUGAUUUGAUAGCACCAUCUGAAAAUGAUGUUGAGUUGCUCUUAUGGUUGGUUAAGCUGUUCCACAUCAGUCCUCAAAUUGCUUUAAGUAACCCAGAAAAGUGUGCAGCUGAAAUUCAAGCUAGCUCAAUGCAAAUUAUGAAUGGGUUAGUUAUAAUAAUGAUGUUUGCAAAGACAUCUAAUUUAGUAGAGCAAGUGUCUGAGACUCUGCUUAGUUUACAUUCUCCUGAAAACAUCGAGCUGUGGAAUCCAGAGGCUCCUAUGGCAACAUUCUGGGAAAUAAGUUCUCAGAUAGUAUACAAUGUAGCUGAUCGACUUUUAACAGAGAAAGUACCUAACCAGUUAAGUGCAAUGAGAUGGCUACAAAAGAUUCUUAAAUGUAGAAUUCAGUUUAUUGAUGCAAACAAAACAAAUUCUUUGGUUGGUUCUCACAACUCUAUUUGUGUUGAAGCUCUUUCAAAAUUAGAGACAAUGUUCCUAAUGUGCUUGUGGAGUACUAACACAGAAAAGGUUUUGCUUGCAAUGAAAUGUUUUGGGUUGUUAUUUGAGGAAGCAACACUCCUAUCAUUUGAUCGACCUAGUCCUAUGCACCCUACACCAUUGACAACAGUUUAUUACAAGUUUAGUAACGAAGUUAGAGAAACAGGGCGAACAGCUCUUCAUAAAAGAAUUUUGUCUGUUUUGCGUGAUGUAAAUGUACAAACAACAGGAAACUUAAAGGCUUGGAAAUUGACACUUGCACGAUGGAAAAAACUUACAAAUGCAUUGACUAACUAUCCUCGUGAAGAACUAGUUGGGUUUGAUGGAGUGCCACCAGAGUCUCCUGUUAAACUGAAAACAUCCCCAAAUAUUGUUACUUUAGUAUCAGAUGAUACUUUAGAGAUAUAUCUUUCUGAAUGGUGUAAAAUGACUGGCUUCUUGUGUUCUUUUGGUGGGAUCUGUGUAUCUAAAGAAAAAGAUGUCAACUUUUUUUCUCCGUCUUCAAAAGGUCUGGAAGAUAAUCAAAUUAACAGAUUUAUUAGUGAAAUGUUGACGCUGCUUGUUUGUGAAAAUGAGCAUACUUCCCUUCAAAUUCGUAGUGCAGUUAGGGAAACACUUGGCUCUGAUUUAAGUGUUAUUCUUUACCCAUCAUUUUUUUGUCUCUCCAAAGCUACAACCGGUUGCUUCUUUGAUCCCAAUGGACAGGUAAACAUAAACCCAAUUAAUAACAUAUACUCUGAAAAUCUUAUUUAUAUUAUUCGAACUAUACUAGAAAAUAAAUCUGAUAGCGUUGCUCAUGUAUUGCCUGCUUUACCAGUUGAGGAAAUAACUAAUGCAUUGUUAAAAUACCUUCGAUCCCUAGUGUUAAGUGUCCAAUCACUGCUUAUAAAAACAAAAAUGUGUCAACUUGUUGAAAAUAUCAUGCUUCGAAGAGGUGAUUUGUCUUUUCAUCAAGAAAUGAAGUUUAGGAGUCGUCUUGUAGAAGAUCUAACUAAGUGGGUGCUUUACGCAUCUGACGAAUCAAAAAUAAUGUCUCAAGAAAUGCAUGCUAUAUCAUGUGGUCUCGAUGAAGCAGCUAUGAGAGCUGUAGCAGCACUUCUAAAAGGUUUACCAUUGCAACCUGAAAAUAUUUCUAAUGAUAUCACAGAAGCUAAAUCAACUCUUUUUUUAAGACACUUUACUUUGUUUAUGAAUAUUCUAAACAAUUGCUAUGACAAGCCAGAUGACAAUAAAGAGCGACGAAUACUUGCACCACAUUUUGUUAACUUGCGCGCAUAUACAGUACAAGCUAUGUCUAACAUGUUAAGCGCAAAUAUUGACAGUGGUCUUAUGCACUCAAUUAGUCUUGGUUACCAUGAAGAUCCUCAAACAAGAGCUACAUUUCUUGAAGUUUUAACAGAUAUUCUUAAACAAGGCACAGAAUUUGAAAAUCUUGCAGAAACUGUUUUAGAAGAUCGCUUUGAACGAAUUAUUCAACUGGUUACAAAUAAUGGAAACAGUGAUGACAUUCCCAUUGUUAUGGCACUUUGUAAUUCUGUAACUAUUGAUGACAUGGAUGAUGUAGCAAAAGUACUGGUCAAUUUGUUUAACAUGAAGGGUAUAUUGCACGUACUCCUAAUGAACCUUUUUAAAGAUGAGGUUGAAAAAACUGAGACUCAACAAACCUUGUUUCGUGGCAACACUAUUGCUAGUAAAGUUAUGUCAUAUUCUUUUAAAAUAUAUGGUGGUAACUUCCUUCAACUCUUAUUAGGGCCACUUAUUACAGAAAUGAUCAAACACAGUGAUGGAAAAUCUUAUGAAGUUGAUAGUGCAAGAUUAGAAAAUAAUGAAAACAUUGGUGAUAACACUCAGUCUGUUAUUGAAUUAGCAAAUGGUUUUAUGGAUAAAGUCAAAGAGCUGAAGAAUGAGUUCCCAAUGCAGUUGAAAAGUUUAUGUUAUUGUCUGAACAAGGCUGUGCAAACAAGAUUUCCAUCAUCAGCUUAUGAUGCAGUAGCUAGUGCUGUAUUUCUUCGUUUCAUCAAUCCUGCUAUUGUUUCUCCUGAUACUCAUGGUAUUAUUAGUGAAGUUGUACCUAAAUCAGUUAGACGAGGUUUAAUGCUUUUAUCAAAGAUUCUUCAAAACCUUGCGAAUCAUUUGUAUUUUUCUAAAGAAGCACACAUGGAGGUCUUCAAUGGAUUUUUGGAAAAUAGUUUUUACAGAAUGCAAAGUUUUUUUAGAGAUAUAGCAGUGAAACCAGAAGAUAAAGAGGAACCGAGUGUCAUUUUGACUCUUGCUAGCGAUAGCAAUGUUUUAACUCUUCACAAGUUACUGUGGUUUUCACAGGAAAAGAUGGGAAGAUAUUUAGCUAUGUUUCGGGGUGCUGCUGCUCGGGAUCCUUACGAAAAGCUGGUGACGCUUCUUGCUCAUCUUGGACCACCUGAAAAUCAAACAGUUAAACUUACUCAACGCAUAAUUGGUGAUGGAAAAGAAACUUCUCUUUGGGGUUUUGAAGACUUUAUGGCAAAACAUGAAGGACAAAAUAAAGAAGAGCUUGAGUACAUUAAAUCAAAUCAACUUUUUUAUGGAGAUGGAAAAUCUAAAGCUGGUCGUCAUGUUUUUUAUUAUAUUGCAAGAAGAUAUAUGAAUGAUAUGAUCAGUGAUGAAGUUUUCUUAUAUCAUAUUUUGUUAACAUUGCAACCAGUACGUGGGGAAAACUGGGAAUUGGUUGCUGACUUCUCUCAUACAUCACUGGUCAACAGGUUCAAGGCUGAUACCUUGAUAAAAGCGUUCACUAUUAUUCCAGAAAGUCAGUUAGCAAGUUUACAAUUAAUAUAUUUAUACAAUAUAAAUCAUUCCCUUAUCCAAUAUAUGGAAUUAAAUGAGCGUGUUAUGAAGCCAGGAAUCGCAAAGAAUAUUCAAAAGAUAGUUAUCAUUGAUAAACUUUCCAAAUUGUAUGAAUAUAUAGAAAAUGUGAAACUUCCUUCUUCAACUUUAACUCUUGAAAAUGAUAUUAAGAGGUAUACAGUGUUAAAAAUCACAAUGAAAGGAACUGUAAUUCUAAAGGUUAAUCCAACAUCAGUACAACUUCAAUCUCCUGAUAAAGUUAAAGUUCUUGGGUUGUCAGUUUAUAUUAAUGAUGUGUUUUAUGCAUCUGAAAUUGAAAAGGCAAGCAGCUAUGAAGAUGUGUUGUCAUUAGAGUUUUCAUCGCGUACUGGAAUUUUAAAUUUUCGCACUACGCAAGCAGCAGAAAUUGCUAGCUAUAUUAACAACAUACAUUCCAGGUGGAAUCCUUCUCACUCUGAUAAAAAUACAAAAAUUAUUACAAAAAAGAAAAUUAGACCAAAAGAUGUUCCAGGGACUUUGUUAAACAUGUCUUUGAUUAAUUUAGGUAACCGAGAUCCCAGCCUUCGUUUGGCUGCUUACAAUUUACUGUGCUCUCUAACACAAACUUUUAACUUGCAAAUCAAUGAGCGGUUGUUAGAAGCAAAAGGUAUUUGUAUACCAUCAAACUGUACAUUAUUUAUCACAAGUAUCAGUGAACAGCUUGCUCAAAGGGAACCUAAUCUUACAUUAGAGUUUCUUGAAGAAUGCACUAGUUGCUUUUCAAAGUGUGAUGAUGAAUCAAGAAAUUUAUGCUUAAAUUACAUGGCACCUUGGCUUCCUAAUCUAGUUAAUUUUAGUAACUUAAAUAAAAAAGAUACAAAUAAAGAGAAGAUGGUUGAUAUAAUUGCAAGGCUUAUUGAACUAACUAUAUCUGAUCGAAAGAACUAUCCAUUUAUUCAAGCCCAGAUUUGGGGUAAUGUUGGUAAAAUUCCAGAUUUAUUAGAUGUUGUAAUAGAGUUGUUUGUAAAGACCAGUUCUACUGGUGGUUUUUUAUCUGAGAAGGCUGAGGUUAUGGCAGACACAAUGGUUACUCUGGCAUCUGCUAAUGUUCCGCUUGUUUCAAAAAAAAUAUUUGAAAGAUUUCACAUGGUAAUUGAGCGAACAACUGUCUCGCCUACUGAUUGUUUAGAACGACACUUAAUGUGGGAUGACAUAGCUAUAAUGGCUAGAUAUCUACUAAUGCUAUCAUUUAAUAAUUCAUUAGAUGUUUCAACUCACUUGGCAGAUAUAUUUCAUGUAGUUAUUUUGCUUGUAUCAACGGGACCAGUUACACUUCGUGCAUCUAUUCAUGGUUUAGUUAUUAAUGCGCUUCAAUCUAUUCUUACAUGUUCUAAUAUGAAACUAAGCAGCACAACCCAGCUUCUAAUAAGAACGAAACUUGAAGAUUUAUCCUUACAAAAGUUUUACCUACUGUUUGGCAUUUCGAGUGUUAAAUCUGUUCCAAUUAAAGCAUUUUUAACUGAGAAAAAGAACAGGGUCAGAGUUUUCAAUGGAAAGUUGAACCAUAAAACAAACUUAGAAAUUCCUUUAACAGCUAUAGAAAGCAUUACAGAAGUCUUGCUGGAUGUCUUAGAGUCAUGCAUAAAUGACUGCAACAAUGAUGCAUUACUUAAAAGAUGGCAGACAUUGUGCUUUAGCCAUUGUAUAAAUCAUAAUCCUGCUAUUCAACCAAGAUGUGUUGUUGCAAUGGGCUACAUCAUGAAAGUUGUACAUAAUGAAAAUGUCACUCAGAUGUUAGAAGUUCUUGCCAAGGCUUGUGGAAUUUACAUGGAUUAUCAACUUAUUGAAAGUUUAGUAAUGUGUUUGGCUAAAUACCAGCUGGCUUUACCAAAGGAGUCUCAGUAUCAUAAAGUUUUAUUCUGGGUUGCUAUUGGAGUAUUGCAGUUUGGGGAGCAGUGUUUGUAUCCUCCUGCUCUUUCUUUGUUGGAAAACAAUUUGAGUGUUUGUCAUGGUUUUAAUAUAUAUGCAGAAAAGGGUAUAGAAAUGGAAUUAAUGGAGUAUCGAAAUGAUUCUUCAUUUCAUUGGAUUUUCAAACAGCUUGACCAUUUGGUUGGAUUGAGUUUUUCUACUGAUUUUCACUUUGCAUUAGUUGCUCUUUUAGUUAAAGGAAUUCGUCAUCCCUCAUCAAAAACAAAAUCAACUGCAUUGCGUAUCGUCAACACAAUGUUGUAUAUAUGCAGCAACAAAGAUGUUAAAGUCUCGCAGGAUAAGAUUGAAGUAAAUAAAGACACUUUGGCUUACCUUGCAGCAUUGAUGCCAGUUUCUGAAGAAAUUCGAUUGAAGCUUUACAAUGAGAAACCAACUUAUUCUGCUACUUUGACAAUAAAACGUAGAAGAUCAAAGAUAUGCAUUGAUGCAUGUAAAUCGCAAUCAAUAUCAUCUAGACUCUCUUCAUCUGGAAGCAUUGAUAUUUUUCUUACCAAGAGAAGACACAUAUUUGAAUCCUCUACUUAUAAUUCACUACUCGAUCCCAUGCUUUUGAGAGGUGAAGAACGACAAGCCUUACUUAUUGUAUUAUUGGCAACACUCGUUAAUCACACAGUAGAUGAUUUUGAGGCUAAAUCAUUAUUUGAAGUUUUAGCUGAAGCAAGUGUUUUGUAUCCUGAAAUUUUUCCUAUUUGUCACUCUAUCAUCAACCGAAAGCUUUGUAAUGUUCUAAGUCAUUCAAACGAUGCUGUGACUUUAUCUGCUGCUCAAACUAUUGUCCAAUCGAUAUCUUCGUUGGCUGGCGAGUUACCUACUUUAGGCCUGCAAAAAUUAACAAGUAUUGGCUUCCAUGGUCUUCAUUCCUUUCCAGGCCCGUUUACUGAGCUUCCGGACCGUGUUGUAGCUCCUCAAAUGUUUGCACGUUAUGUAGAUUUAGUGGUAAACAAGAAAUCUAAUUUAACAACUGAUACUCGUUCGGCCGGACAGAUAUUUGCUCCACCUAUAUGUAACGGUGACGUCAUAGUCAAUACUUUUAGUCAUUCUCUUACUGCUAUUCAAGAGCAACCUAAUCAUCAGCCUACUCAAACCUCGCCUGGAGCGUUCUCUGUUUUCAAACGUGUCGGAUCCUAUUCACCAACGAGGCGGCACCGCAAUAGUCCUUCUAAAUUUGAAUCUGUUAAAGAAAAAGUUUCCUCAAAUCACUUGGUUCCCUGAUCUUGAUUUUCCUCCUUUUUUUAAAUUGUGAUCAUUUGGAAUCCUAAAUUUCUACGUUCACAGGUAAACUUAUGAACAUCAAUUUUACAACAGAUUGCUGGCUGUAUUUAUAUUACUUUACCUUGUUAAUGAAAAUGCAAGCAACCGAAGGUUUCCUAAACUGCGCUAAACAAUUUUAUAAUCUUUUAGUUUAUUAAAAAACAGUUAACUUUGCUUUUUCUUUAUAAUUUUCUUCUUACUCAGCUUCAUUUUGUUUUUAUCUCUGUGUUAUUUGACAGUGUUUGUGAUUUAAAAUACUUUUUUACAACAUUUUAUUAAAAAACUUAUAAAUAUUUUAUAAAUACUUUUGAGUUUUUUUUUAAUAUAUAUAUAUAUUUUUUUAUCUGUACUACUUAUAGCAUUUCUACAUGUCUUCAUUUUUUCAGUUUUAUCUAUUAAUUAUGUUUUCUUUUUUUAAUUCAUAUUUUGAUGUAACUUUUAUUUUUCUAUUUUGUUCAAACCAUAUUUUUCUGCGUUUUUUAUUCCGAAAGCUUCCUUUUGCUGCAUUUUUUGAUUAAAACAAAUUUUAGAAUUGUUUUCCACUUUAAAUUAUUUGGCACUCAUGUUUUGUAAAUAUAUAAAGAUAGGAUUUGUACAAUUUUGAUAUAAUCUAGUGAAAUUAAAUUAAAAUGGUUUUCAAACUU